ACUGCGACCGAGAGCCCACAAACUGUAACUCCGUCAUAUUCAGUAACUGGACAACAUAUCUCUCUGACACGUAUGGAUAAUGUACACGUAACAUUACUCCUCUUUUCACAGACGAAGACGGAUCUCCGCUGUGUGGACAAUUUCAAACCCCGGUGAUCAUCAUUCGUGUUUUGGAUAUUGAGUGAAACGGGACUGGACUAUAUUUGGAUUAUCUGGCCAACCUGCCUUUCCCUGCAGUCAGACGUUCAGUGCCUGUAGCAGGCUGUGCAUGUUUGUUCCUCACCAGUGAUUCCUUAUGCUUGGUAGAAGCCAAACCCUGCGUCUUACAGGAUGGAUGGUGUGGACUUAAAGGGGCUUGUGUAUCAACAUCAACACUCUGUGUUCUGCUGCGGUGUUCUUUUUUUUUCCUUUUACAAAAGAACACCUCCCAUCCUACACCUCCAAUCUCUGAACUCAAUAUAUAUAAAGACCGUCUUUGAGCAAUAAAAAAGACAGUGAAAUAUAGGAGUUGCAUGACGUUCUAUAUUUUUCCUUGUAAAUCACAUAUAGAUACUGCUUAGAGAAGCCUAUAUGGCAGACAUGGAAAUAUCCUUACUUUAAUUUAUCAGUUAUUGUACCCCCUUACUCUUGGUGUGGGUGGUGGGAUGUCGGAAAAGCUUGACGACAAAAUGGUGAAGUUCCUGGCUCCCCCUCAGAAGAGUGGAAAUGGCCCGAGUUCGGGUUCAGACUCCAUGGUGACUGACUGCCGGCCGCCAGAAGUGAGACGGCGGCAUCACACCAUGGAGCGUGAUCGUUGUAACCCCGAACACCGUUUCCUGCGCCGCAGUGUCAUCAGUGAUUCCAAUGCCACAGCACUGGCCCUCCCUUUACCCAGCAAGAUCCCCAUUCCUGCACCUCUACGCAUUCAAUCAUAUGAAGCCAUUCCCCAGCGACAACAGGCUGUUGCUGCUGAACAUUUGCCACGGGCUGAACCAAGUUUAGCUCCAAAUGAGGAGUCUGCUGAUAGUGGUAGAAGAAGAGAAGAAGGAAAAGACAUAGAAAUAGCCACGGUGGAAGUAGUGCCUUUAGGACAGGAGCCUCCCAGUGUACAAGAAAUCGGUGACGGAGAGGUUGUGAUAGCAACCCGCACUGCACCAUGCUUAGAAGCAGAGUUGCCAAGUCAAACCGAACCUGAAAGCACCGCUGAGGUGAAGGCACAUCAUGGAGAAGAGGGGGAGGAAGAAGAUAAGGACUCUGCCAAGGCUCGAGCAGAGGCUGAGCUGAGAGAAGCUGAGAAGAAAGUGCAGGAGGACAUCGAAGAGGCGGAGACCAAAGCAGUGGGAACAUCACCGGAUGGCCGUUUCCUGAAGUUCGAUAUCGAAAUUGGACGCGGCUCCUUCAAGACUGUCUACAAGGGCUUGGACACCGACACCACAGUGGAGGUGGCUUGGUGUGAGUUGCAGGAUCGUAAGCUGACGAAGACGGAGCGGCAACGCUUUAAGGAGGAAGCAGGGAUGUUAAAGGGACUACAGCAUCCCAACAUUGUCCGCUUCUAUGACUCCUGGGAGGGACCAUCCAAAGGCAGGAAGUGCAUUGUACUGGUUACUGAACUCAUGACUUCUGGCACACUCAAAACAUAUCUGAAGCGGUUCAAGGUGAUGAAAAUUAAAGUGUUGCGGAGCUGGUGUAGACAAAUCCUCAAGGGACUCCACUUCCUUCAUACUCGGGCCCCUCCCAUCAUCCAUAGGGACCUGAAGUGCGACAACAUUUUCAUCACAGGCCCAACAGGAUCCGUUAAGAUUGGAGACCUUGGACUGGCCACACUGAAGCGCGCAUCCUUUGCCAAGAGUGUUAUAGGUACCCCUGAGUUCAUGGCGCCUGAGAUGUAUGAGGAGAAGUACGACGAGUCAGUGGAUGUGUAUGCCUUUGGAAUGUGCAUGCUGGAGAUGGCCACCUCAGAGUACCCUUACUCAGAGUGCCAGAAUGCUGCACAGAUCUACCGCAGAGUUACCAGCGGGGUGAAGCCGGGCAGCUUCGACAAGGUGGCCAUUCCUGAAGUGAAGGAGAUCAUCGAGGGAUGUAUUCGUCAGAACAAGGAUGAGAGGUACUCGAUCAAGGACCUUCUGAACCAUGCCUUCUUCCAGGAAGACACAGGGGUGCGUGUGGAGCUGGCAGAGGAGGAUGAUGGAGAGAUGGAGGCUAUUAAGCUGUGGCUGAGAAUUGAGGAUGUGAAGAAGCUCAAGGGGAAGUACAAAGACAACGAGGCUAUCGAGUUCUCCUUUGACCUCAACAAAGACGUCCCAGAGGAUGUGGCUCAGGAAAUGGUGGAGUCUGGUUAUGUGUUUGAAGGUGACCACAAGACCAUAGCUAAGGCCAUCAAGGACAGGGUGUCUCUGAUCAGUCGCAAGAGAGCACAACGGCAGCAGGUCAGAGAAGAUCAGGAGAAAAGAAAACUAGAAGAAGAACAGCAGGGUCCGUUACCGCCAGCACAGCAACCAGGCCAACAAUCUAGCGCGGAGGUGCCUCAGUCCCAUCCAGUGCCACAGCAUGCAUCUUACAUACCUCCACAACCAAACCAACACAGCACACAGAUGGCUGUCCUGCCUACAUCUCAGCAGAGCUUUCAGAGCACCAACUACAGCACUCCUCAGUCAACCCAGCUGACUGGUAUGACACAGGUGGUCCCAUAUGUUACCCAGUCAGCUGGACAAGUCCCAGUUCCAGUUUACGGUCAGAGUGUGGUUAACAUCCAGCCAGAGUCAGAGGAACCUGAAGCUGACCAACACCAACAUCUACAGCGUGCUGGAGGAGCCACUCACAUUGGAGACAGACUACCCGGUUCUGCUGAGGUCCAGCCUGCUCAGCCUGAAAUGUCUUACAGUACCCCUCCCAGUCAGCAGCUUCAGCUCCAGGUGUCGUGCCCUCAGACACAAAAUGACCAACAGCAGCAGUUGGCAGUGAUUCAACCCCAAAUGCAAGGAGUCCAGCCUGAAAUUGUCCCUGUCGUGCCCGGCAGCCAGUCUGUUCCAGUGGCACCUCUGCAGUAUGGAGUUUACUACAAUCCAUCGCUUCCCCCUCAGAUACCCACCCAGCAGGUGAUGAUACCUUCGUCUUCUCAGUCAUCUCCCCCUCAGCAGCAGCAACAGCCAGAGAACAGCACUGCUCUUCAGGGCUCCACUCUACCACAGGCACAGACUGGAGCUCAGCAGAUACAGGCCCCUAUGAGCGUUCCUCAGUCAACACCAGCAGAGCAGCCAGCAGGCUCUUCAGCUCUGGUGGCUCCACCUGUGGAAAGCUGCUUGUCAGAUGCAGCUUCAGGUCUUAGUGACGGCAACGAUGGAAAUUCUACAUCAGGAGGCCGCCAUGAGGGGCGCUCACUGAAGCGCCACCAGCGACGAUCCGUCCGCAGUCGUUCCCGCCACGACAAGAUUGCAAAGGCCAAAUUGAAUGUCCUAAGUAUCUCUAAUGUGGGAGACAGAGUAGCAGAGUGCCAGCUGGAAACGCACAACAGGAAGAUGGUGACCUUCAGAUUUGACCUUGAUGGUGAUAAUCCAGAGGAAAUUGCAGAAAUCAUGGUUGCGAGUGAGUUCAUCUUGGAAAGUGAGCGAGAGUCCUUCAUCGAGCAGGUCCGAGAAGUCAUAGAAAUGGCUGAUGAAAAAGGAGAUGGCAUGAAGGAAGGCUUUCCCAAGAUGAGUGAUCUUCAGCAACAACCUGAGCUCUCUGUUCCUAUGGUGCCAGGCAUUUCUCCCAGCACUGCAGCCCAAGUGGUGCAUUCAGCAGGACGAAGGUUCAUAGUCAGCCCAGUGCCAGAGUCCCGUCUCAGGGAACAGUUCUUUGGCGGGCCUUCUGCUAAUACCUCCUUUGGAGAUGAAGCUGCCCCAGGGGCCUCUACAACAUUGGGCCUUUCUCUGUCAGCUCCAUCUGGGGUUCUACAACAGGCCUUCAGUAAAAUGAAGCAGGAUCGUUUAGAAAGAUGCAACACCAUUGAUCCUCCUGCUGUUGAUCAGGAAGCAGUCACUGUCCCGUCCACUGAGGCUACACUCGGCCCAAACUCUAACAGUGUUCUGGCUCCUCUGGAAGCUGCAGCUUCCACCACUGGCACUAAUUAUCCUGCUGUGUCUGUCACAGCGACUGCAACGCCCUCACCACCCCCAUUAACUGGGAGGGUUUCCCCUCCGCCCAUAUCAUCUCAGUCCCAAAUUCCAGCUCCUGUCCCCAGUGAACCCUGUCUACCACGCCAGUCUUCUCAUGACACUGCCCCCUCACAAAUUGCACCAACUGCUAGCAUCCCUUCCUCAUCUUCCUCCAUUUCUCCUCCAGCUGUGCAGACCUCUGUAGCUGCAGCACCUGGAUCUCAGCUGAGCAGCACUACUGUAACCUCUGUGGCUACAUUCAGUAAUACUGUCUCUGUCCCUACUUCAGAACAGCAGCCUUUUAAUGGUGCUGUUACUUCCUCUCAACUUAUGAAUUCAUCCAUCCAUGCACCACAGCACACAACCUCUCAGUGUCCGUCUGUCCCCAUUUCUGCUCAGCCUGCACCUCCUACUUCUUUACCCAGUCAGAGCCAGCCGCAGCCAGGGGAGUCAGAUGGGGGUGAACUCCAGACCAAAGGCGCUGGCAGAGAUGAUAUCCACGCCCUAGAUAAAAAGUUACGCUCCCUCUUUAAAGACCAGAGCUCUGCUUCCUCUGCAUCAAUGGAUCCUGGAUGCACAGGGACCUCCUCCCCUCCGACUGGAACUACCUCCCCUCCACCUGGAGCUGCUCUUGUGCCUCCAUCGAACCUUCCCCUCACAUCUGGGGUACAAGGUGUCCUGGGCCCCACAACCACCACAGGACAGGGGAUCACCCCAGCAGGGCAUGCCCAGACCCCCCCAACAAAGCCCAGGGCACAGACAUUACCCACUGGUUUUGACCAAGCUGCUACACUUCCCUCUGACCUUGUGCCCCCAAUUCCUGGACCAAAUCAGUCACAGCAACCCCUGGGUAAUUUGGAUGCCCAGUUGAGGAGAGCUCUGAGCCCAGAGACUGUCCAGCCUCCAGCAGCAGGUUUCACUCUGGGACGUUUCCAAGUGUCAGUUGCUGCUGAUGGUGGAUCCAGCAGGGUUCCAGGUCCCUCCAGCAUUGUCUCUUCUUCCUCCCACCCACCAUCCUCUACCUCUUCCUCCUCUUCAUCUUCUUCCUCUUCCUCCUCCCCCUCAAGUCCAGAAAAUACUCUCCACCGGUCAUCCGGUCUGCCCAGAGGAGUCUGUAAACCUGACACAGUAAACGGAUCCUCAUCUGUCUCUGCUGGUCCUGACAGUCAGCCCACCACCAUAGGGCGCUUCCAUGUUUCCGCAAGCACCAACGCCACAUCUGGGCAAACCACUGGCUCUAAAGUGGGACGCUUUUCAGUUACAGUGACCCCAGCAGCAGGCUCCAGCCCAUCACAUGGCUCCAGUAUGCAGAAUGGGCCCUCAUCCUCAACCUCUGACCCUCAUAACGCACAUACCCAUUACAGUAGUGACAAUGAUGAUGACUCUGAGACUGAGGAUGAAGCUUUGCAGAAAGAAAUCAGCCGUCUCAGAGAGAAACACAUGCUGGAGAUUCAGGCCUUGCAGAGUCGUCAGAAAGACGAGAUAGAGGGUCUGUUCACGCGGAUGGGAAAACCACCUCCUCCCGCUAUCCUUUUUCCUGCUGUGGCCAUGGCUGGAGGUCGACGUAGGCUUAAAAGCAAAAGCCACAAAUCUGCUCGCAGUAGUGGACAGCCCAGCCCUGUACACUCAGGAUCUCCAUCCUCAGCUCGGAGUCUUCAUGGUUCAGAGUCACCUCCAAAGCAAGGUUCACCCUCAGCAACCGAGGCCUCACAAGCAGGUGGCAGGUCGUCUCUACUUAGAUCCUCUCCAUCUAUGCCCAUUCUUAGUACUUGCUCCACAGGAGUAAGCGGGACCAGCUCCACAAAUGGUUCAGGCCACUGCCAGAACCACUCUACUUCUCUGACCCAGGCAACUGGACCAACCCCUCCUGCCUCUCACACCCAGAAGGGCAAGGGCACGUUCACCGAUGACCUGCACCAACUGGUGGAUAACUGGGCCAGAGAUGCCAUCAACCUCUCCCAGUGCAAGAGAGGCCCUAAAACUGGACCACAGGCAGCACAUGAUAUUGUUCCUCCAGCCAACAUGGGCCGUAAAUAUUCAGCUCCAGGCUACCUCUGCCCAACACUUCCCACGGCUUCCAGCACCACCUCUACCACCACCACUCACAUCCCCAACCCUGCCAAUCCCUCCGUUCCUCUUGGGCCUCGUAAAGGCUCGCUGGGCCCAGUUGCCCCGGGGUUUGGGUAUGCCUCAGCCCCGUACAACAGCGCUCCUCAGUGGGCAGGACCCACAGGCACAUGCCAGGUCAGCAUGCUUAAUCCCACACAGCCACUAACACAGUACCAGCCGCCCACGACUGUCUCGGUGUCCCUGCACCAAGGCUACCACAUGGGAACCACGCCAGCCCCCCAGAAAUCAGUCAGCCCCGGAGGGUCAAACCUGAGGCCUACGUAGCCCAGUCCAAGCCCUGGUCCAGGCUGAGACAAAGGGCCACACAGGGCAGAGCGGGCAGACAGUCGUUGAACGAGAACCACUAGCUCUCUUUGCAGGUUGCUGGUUUAUUGUGCUUUUUAUUUUUAUUUCAACUUUUGUCAUUAUGUGUUUAUCCUGUCAUUGAGUUGACCUGUGUGGUUCAAGUCCUCUCAGGCAGAACGAAAUCUGUCUGGCAAUUGGAGGGAGAGUGCAAUACACAUCCACAGCAUGAGAGUGUCACACUUAGCUUGCCAUUAGCUGUGGAAUCGAGCCGUGACGAGUUGGUUGGUUGUGUCUGGCGAUGUAACAACCCAAAGGCACAACCAGCAGCAGCCAAAGAUGUCUUUUUGAGAGCAGACGUUGCAAUUUUGUCAUCCCUUUGUAGAGGAGAAGGUAGGAGGGUUUCCGGUUCAUAUCCUUACUGGUCCUGACAUAAACCUGAGCUGGGACUGAAACAGUUUGAUUGACGGUCAUUACACCAUAACAGACAGUGCACAUAUAACUGACUAAACAAAGACCUAUCUGAGUGAUUUGGGAUGAUAAAUAAAGUGUCAGAGAGGAGAGAAUGUACAGAAAGAGGAUUAGUGAAGUGUGACUGGUGAAGUAAGAUAGCAAGUGUCGAAGCAGAAAAGACAAAGCAAGUUAGGCAGGAGUGUUUUGGAUAAGGUUGCAGUAUGAAUACAUCCCAGUGGCUACCUAUUAAGUAAAAUGCAAUAAUGGCAAAGAUAAACUGUCCCUUGUAACUGUGGCCUUAAUCCCCAAACACAUUUAAACAUUAACUUUGUACAUAAAUAUUUCUUCACUGGGUUAUGAUUCCAUGUUUAGCAUAUUUAUGUCUCUGUGACAGUCUGGUGUUAUUGUGAUUUGAGUUGUUCAUCCAUACAGAUUUAAUAUCAUACAGAUUUGUCCUGCACAUCUGACAUAUAAGCCAGUGGAUCUGCCACAUAAAAAGCAUUGUCCUGGUGUUGACCACCAUUAUGAAUCUGGAUUGAAGAGGUGUUGCUGCUGUAAAUUACAAUCUGGGUAGAGGUUGUUUGCAGGGUGUUUUUUUUUUUUUUUUUUUUUUUUUAAUGUUUCCUUUUUUUUCCUUUUCUUUUUUUUAAUGCAAGAAUGAAAUCUUGUAAAGAAUCCCAACUUGACACAUAAAACCAUUUACUUAGUACUUCAUUAUUAGAUGUGGGCAGUUCAGAAUCUGCUUAUCAUAUCAUACAGACUGAAAUAGUUUUUAGGAUUUAGUAUUUGUGGAAGGUCUCAGACUCUGUCCCAGUUGUUUACACAGUUGGUGCAUAGUACACAAAUGAACCGGUCGUUAAGUCAACCCACAAAAUAUCAGCUCAUAACAUUUAGCUGUCACCUCUCAAAUCACAUGUGUCUGGGGUUCUUACUCUCUCUAUCUCUCUGUGGUCUGUUUUUGUAUGCGUAUAUUUAAUAAAACAAACAAAUGUUCUUUAUGGACCUGUAUUCAGCCAUCAGAUUUUGAUGUUGUUUCACUGUAAUUAUUAUUAAAGGUUGUUAAACAACAUGUAGUUAAAGGAAUAUAAAAAGUGCAAUUGCAGGGUUGUUGUUAUCGGUAUCCUAUUCACAACGCAGGAGUAAUCCUGCUGUUAAGCUCUUCUAUCUAUGACUGCCCUGCCCCCCCCCCCCCCCCCCCCCCCCCAUACCCCACCUUUUCUAUUUUAUUGUAUAUAUGUUAAUGUGAGGUAAAUGCUCAGUCACUAGAGUAUGCUUGUGGUAACCUAUUCGACAUGCACAUGCACUCUAACCUGUAAACAUGAGGAACACUUUAGUGCCUUGCAUCCUCACUAAUGACAAGUUCCAGAUUCAUCUAGUCCUGUUGCUGUGACCGUACUGCAGAAAACCAGUUAACUAAACCUGUACAUGACGUAAAUGCAUCACGUGGCUCCAUUACUGUCACACGGCCAGUUCAGAGGUCAUAACGCUCUGAAACAUUAGACAACACAGGACUGCAGCACAAAGAGCACACUGAGUAAUGUGGAAUUGUUUCUUUUCUCUCUACAGUUACGUUUGUGUUGGUUGUGUAAUCGGCUGUGUAUUUAUAUCUGGCUCAUGCAUACAUGGUUAUUUGGCUGGCGUUUUGUUUUCGUGGAUUUAUCAUUAAACCAGUUCAUAGAAGCACUUGUUCAGGCAGAGAGUGAGCUGUGUAAAGGUUUUAAAAGUUGUCAUGCUCUCAUGCUGACUCAACUUUUUGUCACGACCUCUCAUGAGUGCCAUGCUGUCAUUGUGACUCUUUAUCGCCUGCUCUUAGAUUGGAUGAAUAGUUAAACUUCUCUAGAGAAAAAAUAAGUUACUGCAAUGCAGAAUAUGCAAUGUUUAAAGUUUUAUAGGGACUGAGGGGUAAUGGAAACAUUUGCAUGCUGAUGAGGGUUGUUACUGACGUCAGUGUUUUUGAUAUUGGAAUAUUAGAGAUCUUUUUUUUUUUUUUUUAAUUAUUCUUUGCCUUUCUGAGUCAUCACAAAGUGUUGAUCUAUAUGAUCGCCAUUCACCAAUAUCACAGGCACAACUUCAAUAUUGUCGUAUGAUUUCUGCAUGCCGGCUUCACUGGUGUUUAAUCUUACAACUGACAACGACUCACAUCUGGCCACUGUACAGCACAAGCUCACAACAAAGCUUACAUGUAAGAUCCAUGUGCUACAACGCUACUUUCAGUAAUUAUCAAAGACCUCCUUACAGUACUGUUUGAGGCUACUGACACGUAGUGAUAUCUGUUGAACUCUUAUUUCUGAUCCCUCCUUACUGACUUCCUGUGAUUCAGUGUCUGUUUUGUGUAUGUUUUUCACAUUGUACAAAAUGUAAAAACAAAUAAAAAUAAUA